CGGACCGGACAGAGCUAGCUCGUCUGUCUCUUUGCAUUGCGCGGGCUUUUUUCUUUAAUUUACCUCCCCCCACCCUCGAUUGUACACCCUUCAAUUGCCCAUUUAACCCCCAGUGUCGGUACGCGUUGGACUGGCGUGCAUUAACCAACGAUUCGUCGCCGGUGUAAACAAUUCUCGGGGAUUAAUUCGAUUUGUGGAGAGCGACAUUACAUUCCGGUGAAGAUCUCCACAUUUUUUUUCUCUCAUUACCGAUUUAUUGCUCGCGUUGAUGAGACACUUGUGACGGAUUUCCGAUCAUCGAGAUCAGAGACUGUUGCUUACAAAAAAGGCCACAAUUGCGGAUGAUGAAGAGCCGACAUCAAUUUCGCAGACGCUUUAGUCUGCAGCCUUCCUCGUCCCUCAAGGAGGAGCAGGAGGCACCACCGAGGACAUCCAUCAGGGAAGAACGACUCUCGGAGUCGGACAACGGGGAAAAGUCCAAUGACACCCCGGCGAAGCAUAAAAUAGUCGUUAUGGGAGCGGCUAAAGUUGGCAAAUCAUCAAUAAUAAAUCAAUUUCUGUACAACACAUUCUCGCCAAAGUACAAGAGAACGGUCGAGGAGAUGCACUGCGGUGACUUUAAUGUUUCCGGAGUUCAAUUGACCCUAGACAUAUUGGAUACAUCAGGCACUAAUGACUUUCCAGCAAUGCGAGAAUUGUCAAUAAAAUCGGCCGAUGCAUUUAUUCUCGUUUACGAUGUCAAUGAGGCCAGUACAUUCGCGGAAGUUGAGGCACUGAGGUCAACAAUUCUCGGAACCAAAGGGGCUGUACCAAUAGUUGUCGUUGGUAAUAAGAUCGAUCUGAUCAUGGAGAGUGACGAUUCCGAGGGCGAAGCCCAGGUGGAUACAGAACGCACACGUGAACUAGUUGUAACAGAAUGGGAGAAUGGCUUUGUGGAAGUAUCAGCUAAGGACAAUUUGAACAUCACUCAAGUAUUCAAAGAGCUCUUGGUACAAGCCAAAGUCAAAUACAAUUUGAGUCCUGCAUUGAGGCGUAGGCGACGCCAAUCACUACCACCACCUCAUCAUCACAAUUCACGUACAAGCAGUGCACAUGUGCCAUCACCAGCCCAACUACAGCAUCUCCACCAGAUUCGCGAGCGUUCUGGUGGUAAAAGAAAUUCGUGUAUUCUCUCCUAAGAGUAGAAUAAUUAAAUGGAUCUCAGACUUGAUGGGUAUCAGGAGGAAAUUAAUAUUUCAUUUGUCAAUUAACGAGUAAAAAUCCAAAUUGAGGAAUAGCGUUUAUCCAAGAGGGAAUUUUUCUAUUGAUUUUAUUUUAUCGUCUCAUUACGCUGAUCAAAGCUAAUUGCUGACUCAAUGCAGACGAUUUUCUCUCUUUACGAAUGAUUGUGGAAACAUUUAACAACCGAAUGACUGAAGCACAGAAUCCAAUUGGUCAAUUCAAAUUUCCUAAUGAGUGGGUGAAUAUUUUUUGACUCAACUGUACACAAAUCGAUCUCAUCAAUGGUAGAUAUUAAUUUUCUGGAUAAUUAGUGGAAAAUCAAGAGAUUUGCUGUCAAUUACACUGAAAAUUAUUCCGUUACUUGUAACUUAUUUGUGGACGAAUGGAAAAUUUUGUCUGUGAUCGAGUGAAACUAAAAAAUGUCAAUCAACUGUGAGUAAUUGUAAACAAAUAAAUGCCUAGCUCCUCGAAUCUCUAGUUAACAAUUAAUGAAUUCAUAAUUACGGUAAUGAGAGAUUUCAUUCCAGAAUAACUCGAUAAAAGUCAAAAUAGCAUGAGUGGAGAACAUACAAUUAACGCAAUAAUCUACCUUUGUACUUAAUUAAAAAUCGUUUACGAUAAAAUGCCUUUCAACGCUCUUCUCAAUGUAAAAUCCAAUUACGUAAUGGAAAUGUGUGAAUAAUCUUAGGUAUUCCUCCUGUACACUGUCCUAUUCGUCAUAAAUAAUAUAAAGACAGUAUUAAAUAAUAAAUUCCAGUCAUGUAUGAGGUGAAAUGAAAAUAAACGAGAGC